AUGAAAGUAUUGAUUGAUGGAACGAUUCCACGUAGUGCUGGUCUUUCAUCCUCGUCAGCACUUGUUGUUUGUGCUGCUUUGACAACAAUUGUUGCUAAUGGAAUUAAUAUUAGCAAGAGUGAUCUAGCAGAACUCUGUGCUGAAUGUGAAAAAUAUAUUGGUACACAAGGAGGUGGAAUGGAUCAAGCAGCGUCUUGUCUUGCACAUAGUGGUUCAGCAAUGUUAAUUAGUUUUAAUCCAUUGAAAAUUCAAGAUGUAACUUUACCAGUUGGUUGUGCUUUUGUUGUAACACAUUCAUUAACUGAAGUUAAUAAAGCAGCAUCAGAUCAUUUUAAUACACGUGUAUCUGAAUGUCGAUUAGCGACUCAAAUAUUAGCCCAUGCAAAAGGUCUUGAUUGGCGUUCAAUUCGUAAACCAUAUGAAUUACAAAAUGCUCUUGGUUUUACAAUAAAUGAAUUGGAACAAUUUGCAAUAGAUACACUUCAUGAAGUACCUUAUACACUUGAUAAAAUAGCUGGUUUAUUAAAUGUAACUGUUGAUGAAUUAAUUAAUAUUAGUUUAAAAGCCAAUAUAAAUCGAGAACAAAAAUUUGAAUUAUGUAAACGUAUAAAACAUGUUCUUAGUGAAGCUAAUCGUGUUUUACUUUUUAAACAAGUAUGUGAUUCAAAUACACAUGAUCGUCUUGAAACACUUGGAGAACUAAUGAAUCAAAGUCAUAAUAGUUGUGCAAGAUUAUAUGAAUGCAGUAGUAAUGAACUUGAUCAAUUAACAGAUAUAUGUCGACAAAGUGGUGCUUUAGGAUCACGUCUGACAGGCGCUGGAUGGGGUGGUUGUGCUGUUUCACUUGUACGACAAGAAAAUCUUCAUGAAUUUAUUGCAAAUGUACGCGAGAAGUUUUAUAUUAAUAGUAAAGAUACGAAACGUGUUAAUAAUGCUGAUCAAAGUAUUUUUCCAACAUUACCAGGAUGUGGAAUUUAUGCCGUACGAUUAUAA